UUCUUGCGACAAGAAAUGGCCCUGCAGCCAUUCCCACGCACGCCAGCCUCCCCAGCGCGCCGCCCUGCCGCCGGCCCUGGCAGAAACUCGGCCAACUUCAUGAGCGAGCCCUCCCAGCCGAUCCGAACCGACUCGUUCACGUAUGCGAGGAGCCACACCCGGAGCAGCUCGCCCGAGGUCGUCGAAGUGCCCGAUUCCGAGGAGGAGGUCGUCGAGGGCGAGGGCGAUGUGGAGGGCGGAUACAGAGAGUCGUACGAGGACUACGUGGUGCCCAUCCCACCGGAAACGCCGCCGCGCACCCGUCGGCACGGGACGCCCUUGCCGCGCGCGCAGUCCGCCUCUUCGUACGUCUCCCGUCCUUCAUGGGGCACUAACCGCAGUCGCCCCCGCGCGAUCUCCCCUGAUGUCUUUGACGCCGUAACGGAGCGCAUGACUCAACAACGACGAGCUACGCCGGGCGUUCGCGGGAGGCCGAGAGCACGCACGUCCGCCGCAGGGCAGGAGGAAGAGGACUUUGAGGGCAUGCCCCGAGGUCGUCCCCUCACGCGUCUCGCAUCCAGAGUCUCUCCCACGAAACGUGCAGCAUCGGUCCACGGCGUGCCCGCAAUCUCCAACAGCACAACCAGGCGCAGCCAAAGCGCAGCCGCCCCCCGCAUCGCCGUCCCCGCGACCCGCAACCAACCUCAGCGCGGUCGUCCGCCGGCCGCGCUCUCGAUCGCAGAGGCCAUCUCACAAAGUCUCGCCGCGACGCCGCACGCUGCGACCACGUACCAACCCAGCUUUGCGCUUCCCCCGGGUCCACCGAAACGGCCCCGAGGGCGUCCGCGCAUACACCCCUUGGCCCCAGAAAGCCAAGUCGUGAAGAGGGGUCCGGGACGGCCACGAAAGCAUCCGCUCCCUCUGGAAAGUGCGGUAGUGAAGAAACCGGUAGGCCGGCCACGCAAGCAUCCGUUGCCUAUGGAGGGCGAGGUCGUCAAGAGGUCACCGGGUCGGCCACGAAAGAAUCCCUUACCUCCGACCGCGAACGACCAUCACCAACGGCAAGCCACGCAGGACGUUGAGGUCGUGAAGCGAGGGCCCGGACGUCCACGGAAGAGCACCCUGCCUGGCGUCGGCCCAGAGCUUCGUGGCGAGCGUCCAGUUGCGCAGGUCGGGGAGCCAGUCAAGAGGCCCCGUGGACGGCCACGGAAGAUCUCGCUGCCUGCGGUCGGCUCGCUGCGGGAUGGUGGCGAACGUCCGGCUGCCCAGGCUGAGGAGCCGGUCAAGAAGCCUCGUGGGCGACCGAGGAAGAGCGCGCCCGCGGCUCUGCCCGCCGCGCCCGUACGAAUGUCCCUCGUGCCCGUUAAUGUCUACGGGAGGAGCGCGUCGAAGCCUCCCGCGAGAGUUGCCAGCGUAGCAUCACGCCGAGCGCUAAGCCCGUCCAGCGUGCGUCCGGAGCAGCCGUCCACCGCGGGACCUAGCGCCCCAUCCCAUCCUCCGCGCAACCGCGCGUACGUGCUCAUCGACUCCUCUUCCGCCGUCAGAGGGCCGUUACCCGCCGCACGGGCCGAGCGCGUCUGCGCCGAGCCUGAGUGCGAGAAUCGGGUCCCGCCGCGCGGCAAGUAUCGGUUUGCGAGUUGCAGGUCGUGUCGUGCGCGCAAGGUCGUGGCGAGGAAUGUGGAUGUGCAGCAGCAGGCUCUGCCGGCUGUCGCUACGCCGAUGCGGGCUGUUGAGCAGCCGCGUGUUGUUGAGAGGCAUGGGUGGACGUUGUUGACUGAGAACCCGGAGGAGGAGGAGGAGGAGGAGGAGGAGCAGCUAGCGGCAUGGAGGCCAUCGUAUUUGGUCCUGCGACCUGCAACACCUACUCACCGUGUAUGUUCAUACAUUAAACCUUCACAGAGGACCCACCGACUGCGGGCGAGCAUUCGUAUGCGUGCUCAGCGAUGUGAGUGGCUGAGUUCCUGGGUAAGGGUGCGGGUGUCGGAUGCGUUGCACCUCCAGCGGUGCUUCCACGUGGUUGUUUCUCAUGUCAGCGUCUGGCCGGGUGGGCGUGGGGUUGACCGUGUGGAAUGAGAGAAAUAGGGGAGUGGACAGGGCAGAAAGAGGUGUAUUGACGGUGGUAUGACUUUCCUUUGAUAUUGGCCAGAACCGGGUUGGAUGGCAUCAACGAGUGUCUAAGGAUUGUAUUCUAGUUGUUGUAUACAUGAUAUAAAGCUUUUUCGUCUGCCUUUUCUACCGUGAGGUCUCCAACUCGUUCCUCAUUCAUUUUUCUCAUCCUGGCGGGUCCAUCACAACUGACCAAACGGUCACCAUCCGUGCAGUUCUCCCGACGUGAGCACCUCUCAAACGCUGCAAUCACAGCUUCUCAGCGAGCUGAAUGGGAAUGCAAAGUCAACGCGCUUCGCACUCUUUGCGAACGGC